AUGAGUAUUCCAUCACAAUCUCAAUCAUCACCAAUUAUUCAUUUUACUAAUAUUAUUCGUCGUGGUUCAAGUCCAUCGAAUCAAGUCAUUAUUUCUCCAUCUACAUCAAUUGAUUAUGAUAGUCAACAACAAUUUUCAGCAUUAGUCAAUCGUCCUCAAUCAACACCAAUAUCAUCUCCUUUAUUAUUAUCACGAUUAUCUUCAAAUUUUUUCGAUAAUCAACAAACAAAUGAAAAUUCAAUAAUAGUAACAAAAAAUAAUAAAAAACAACGAAUAACAACACUUAAUUAUUCAUCAUUAACCAAUGUAACACCUUUAAAUGAAAUAAAUGAUAACACAAAAUCUCAAAUUUUAUUUGAAAUAUAUGAUGAUGAUGAUGAUGAUAAUAAUAAUAAUAAUAAUGAAAAUCGAUAUCUUCUUCGACCACCACCUCUUAUGGUACUUUCUCAAAGUAUUCAAGCUAAACAUCCUGAACAAUUAACUGAUACUAAAUUAAAUAAUCGAUUUUCAUCAAUUAAAGAUUUACCAAAUGCACCAGCAAAUUAUUCAUUUGUUUUUUAUGGUUUUACAUUAACACAAAUCGAAGAAGCUAAACGAUUAACUCGUCGUAUGGGUGAUUGUUUUACAUCUGAAAUAAUUGAUUUAACAACAACACAUGUUAUUUUACCUAAUGAUGAUCCUCAUAUGACAAUAACACUUGAUCUUAUCCUUGCACUUAUUUAUGGAUGUCGUAUAGUAAUAUUUGAAUGGCUAAAAUCUUCAUCACAUAUUGGUGAAUGGUUAUAUUUCAAUAGAUUUGAACCAAAAAGAUUCUUUAAUUCAAAUCCAUCAUUAAAUGUUUAUCGUAAAUCGCGUCAACAACAAAAACCAAUUGAAUUAUUUAGUGAAUGUGGUUUAAUUUAUUUAACAUCUCUUGUUCAACAACGUCAAUUAUUACUUAAAUUAAUUACAUUGUUAGGUGGAAAUAUUACAAUUAGUCGUGGUCGUGCAAAAAUUAUUGUUGGACGAUCAUCAAAAAUACUUCAGAUAAUUAUUCAUCCACAAGUUAAUGAACAAUGGGUUAUAGAUUCAAUUAAAAUGGGAAAAUGUCUUUCGACAGAUAAUUAUUUAAUUGAAAAUUAUAAUGACUUGUCAACAUAG